AGUAUUUAAAAUUGCCACCGAUUAACAGAGAGGCACCAGCUCUUUAUUCCUUAUAAAUUUAUUUUUAAGAUUCAAUUUAUUUUCUCCUUCUACCUUAUUUUUCCCAUCAGUUUCUUUUUAAUGUUUUGCAUUUAUCGAUUUUCAUUAGUUGAUAACAAGAGUCUCUCACUGUCUAAAUUUUGGGGCUUUUUCUGUGUGUGUUUUUUCCCUUGUGAAAAGGGAGAUUAUAGUUAAUAGGUAGCCGUUGUAAGUGGAACAAGGUUGCUAAAGAUCGAACGAGAUUUUCUGGAAGUUGAUCUUUCUGGGUUCUUCAGCAUUGACUUACAAUCAUAUUUUUAAAAAAAAAAUAUUACUAAAAGGAGUUAUAAAUUUCUAGAAAAAAUGUGGUGGAUGAUGAAUGAAGGAGGAGGGCAUUGUCCUAAAAAAUCUGAUGAUAUCUAUGGAGAUGUUUGUGGUCAGGAUUUGAGCCGGUUGAGCAUGUCGAGAAUCCGCUGCAUACUGCGUGGCAUUGAUUUGAGAACUUGUAUUUUGCUGUUUGUGCUGGUUCCGACAUGCAUAUUUGGUAUAUAUACUCAUGGGCAGAAGAUUUCAUACUUCCUUCGACCACUCUGGGAAUCACCACCGAAGUCUUUCCAUGAUAUCCCACAUUAUUAUCAUGAGAAUGUAUCGAUGGAAAAGCUCUGUAAACUUCAUGGUUGGGGAAUUCGUGAAUUUCCGAGACGGGUUUAUGAUGCAGUUUUGUUUAGCAAUGAGGUGGAUAUCCUAACAAUACGGUGGCAAGAGUUGUACCCUUACAUUACACAGUUUGUUCUUCUCGAGUCUAAUUCAACAUUUUCGGGAAUUCCAAAGCCUAUGGUUUUUGCUAGCCAUCGAGAUCAAUUCAAAUUUGUUGAGCCCCGGUUAACUUAUGGCACAAUUGGAGGAAGGUUUAAGAAAGGAGAAAACCCUUUUAUUGAGGAGGCUAUGCAACGAGUAGCAUUAGACCAGCUUCUCAAAAUAGCUGGAAUUACUGAUGACGACUUAUUGAUAAUGUCAGAUGUUGACGAAAUACCGAGCGCACAUACUAUCAACCUCUUGAGAUGGUGUGAUGACAUACCUCAAGUUCUUCAUCUUCGGCUGAAGAAUUAUCUUUACUCGUUCGAAUUUCUCGUGGAUAAUAAUAGUUGGAGGGCAUCAAUCCAUAGGUAUCAGACAGGUAAAACAAGGUAUGCGCAUUAUCGGCAGGCGGAUGAAAUUUUGGCCGAUGCAGGUUGGCAUUGCAGUUUUUGCUUCCGCCACAUCAACGAGUUCCUAUUUAAGAUGAAAGCUUACAGCCAUAAUGAUCGAGUGAGGUUCUCUCAUUAUUUAAAUCCGAAACGAGUUCAGAGAGUAAUCUGCAAGGGUGCGGAUUUAUUCGACAUGAUUCCUGAGGAGUACACAUUCAAGGAAAUAAUCCGUAAAAUGGGACCUAUACCGCAUUCCUACUCGGCUGUUCAUCUUCCUUCGUAUCUUUUAGAGAAUGCGGACAAAUAUAAAUUUCUACUACCCGGAAAUUGUUUGAGAGAAAGUGGGUAAUUCUUGUAACAAGCUUCAGAUGUUUGCAUUUGUAAAGGCUAGUUCGAGGUGCUACCGAACAAUCUACGGGGAAAAUGCUUGAAAUCCCAGGUUUGUAUAGAAGUUAUUGUUGACCCGAGUUUUAGUUGGAGGGUAUUUGGUUCACUGAUCCAUUCAUAGUUCCUGAAUCUGCGGUUGGGGAAAUUUUGUUUUGUUGAUAUAAUUUAUUCAUACGUGUUUCCUUAAUCCCAAUUCAUUACCGUUGAGAGAA